GGGGCAGCACGAGCACAAAGCAGCCACUGUGCUGCCGGAGAAAACAAAUCGAAACUCUUCAAUGAGUUCACCUUCACGUCAAUAAGUUUGUCCCCUCGUCUCGUCUUCUGAGCCGCGGCUGUGUGGACAACAUGAACGGCUCCCUGCACUCCUCACCCAACGUGAUGGACAUAAAGCUGAAGCGGGGACCGGCAGGCCUCGGCUUCAACAUCGUCGGGGGCGUCGACCAGCAGUACGUGGUCAACGACAGCGGCAUCUACGUGUCCAAAAUCAAAGAGGACGGCGCCGCCGCUUUGGAUGGAAGACUGCAGGAGGGCGACAAGAUCCUGGCGAUAAACGGCAUGCAGCUGGAGGAUCAGACUCAUAGAGCCGUGGUCGAUCUGUUCAGGACGUCGGGCGAAGACGUGGAGCUCCGAGUUCUGAAGAAGUUGUCUCGUCACAUGAACGGACCAUUGAGCCCUCGCCCCGACCACGACUCCUCCGUGUCUUCUCUGGGAUUCCUCGCCGUGUUAGCAGGAGCCGCUGCGCUCGUCACGUUCAUCUACAUGAGACACCUGAGGAAGAACUUUUAGCCACGCCCACUUCUGAUAUGUUUAGGAUCAAAGACUUUGCUGGAGUCCAAAGGGAACAAACUGUUUCUUUGUUUUG